GAUCAUUUUGUUUGUGUAUCUUCAAUAUGGGCAAGAUGCGUAAGCCUAAGAAUAGUUCUGGUGGCCAGAACGGGGUGGGUUUGCCGCCGAAGCAGUUGAGCCUAAACAAAUUGGGCAAGAAACGCAAGGCGAAGGAUGAGGACGCAUAUGAAACAGAUUUGCCUGCGAAACACCUGGGGCUGGCCAAGCACAUCACCAACCAGGACAAACGUCUUAUUGUCAUCCUUGAAAGAGCCCAGCUUGAGUCUGUCAAGGUGGGAAGUGUUUUCGAGCUGAUGAACAGCGACGACCAUGCCCACGUAUUGAAGAAGAUGAAUCGGGAGAGCGGCUCUUGCAGGCCAGACAUCACGCACCAGUGUUUACUCAUGCUUUUCGACAGCCCAUUGAACCGUGCUGGAUUACUCCAGGUCUACAUCCACACUGAGAGGAAUGUUUUGAUUGAAUUGAACCCUCAGACUCGAAUUCCAAGGACCUACAAAAGGUUUGCAGGACUAAUGGUUCAGCUUCUUCACCGAUUUAGUGUGCGAGCCAAUAAUGGUCCUAAGCUUAUUAAAGUGAUCAAGAACCCUGUAGAAAGUCACUUGCCAGUAGGCUGUCGAAAGCUUCUGAUGUCAUUCUCCGCAGAGAAGGUUCAGAGCCCUCGGGAGUUUGUUCCUUCAGAAGAACCUAUCGCCAUCGUCGUGGGAGCAAUGGCCAAUGGAAAGGUAACAACGAGUUACACUGAGGAGGACAUUUCAAUCAGUAACUACCCCUUAUCGGCUGCAUUAACUUGCUCCAAGUUGUGUUCGGCUUUUGAAGAGGGCUGGGGAGUGAUUUAACCGACAAGUGUUUAGUGGACGCUAACGUUGAGUGAUGGACUCGCCGAGUUUAAAUUUGAAUGUGUUAUACGCGGAUUAGACUGGAAAUUCUGUACCACAACAUUUAAAUACAAGUUGAUGGAGAUCUUUGCUUUAAAGCCAAUAAAUUCCGCGUAUUUAAUGAUUCUUAAAAAUAAACCACUAUUUCGCGUAUUUCGCUACAA